ACUCACAUGGCGAAAAAGUUCUUGUCAUAUAAAGUUGUGUUUUUUUUGUCUUUAAUCCUUUUUCGCUUGUUUUGAAAGUUUCUAUACCAAAUGAUACCAACAUAUUGAAGAUUCUGUAAGAUAUGAGAAACCUUGAGCUGUUGCGUCGCAUUCCUGUAACGGAGCUCUAUGAAAGCCGUGGUUCUUGCUGUUUAACAGUUGAUUGUGAUACAGGCACCGUUUAUACAGCUACUUGUACAUCUAUUGUAGGAUUAUCGCCCACCAAUCAACAAGUCACCAAAAAUGUAUCACUGGUCAYAGAUAACUAUUUGCCAUCAGAUGGUUCGGGUAAAGUUGUUGGUAUCCAACACAUUCCUGAUAUUGAUUCUGUGUGUACAGCUACAUUGUYGGGUGAUGUCAUAUUAUAUAAUACAAUGACUGAAGAGCUUGAAUGUGUUGGUAGUGUUGAUAGUGGUAUAACCUGUAUGUCAUGGAGUCCUGACCAUGAGUUAGUUGUCUUCUCAACCGGUGAAAAUACCCUGAUUAUGAUGACCAGAGACUUUGAUCCGAUAAGUGAAUUUCCAAUUCAUACUAGUGAAUUUGGAGAAGACAGACCAGUAAAUGUUGGUUGGGGAAAGAAAGAGACUCAAUUCCAUGGAUCAGUUGGAAAACCAACCACAGAAACACUAAAACCAGUUGAUGUCAAACCUGCAUUUGACUGGGAUGACAGACAAUGUCAUAUUAGUUGGCGGGGAGAUGGACAGUUCUUUGUUGUCAGUGCUAUAGAACCUGAAACAGGUGCRCGUAAGCUUCGUGUAUGGAGCAGAGAAGGGGUUCURAUGACAAGCAGUGAAGAUGUUGAUGGACUAGAAGCACCUUUAUGCUGGAAGCCUUCUGGAAAUCUUAUUGCAUCAACUCAAAGAAAACCUCACCGACAUGAUGUCAUCUUCUUYGAGAAAAAUGGCCUUCAGCAUGGAGAGUUUUCACUUCCUUUUCAGAGAAUGGAGGUCAAGGUAAAUGAGCUACAAUGGAAUAACGACUCGACAGUGCUGGCUCUUUGGUUGGAAAGCAUUUCAUCACAAGAAAACCCUGAAGCUAUCCCAAAGUCAUACAUUCAGCUUUGGACGGUCAAUAAUUAUCACUGGUAUUUGAAGCAGGAGUUGUGUUUUCAUGCAACAAAAGACAAAGUGGCAUGUUUUGUUUGGGAYCCUGAGAUUGCAUUGAGACUUCAUGUUGUCUGCGAAGGUGGACAAUAUGUGUGCUAUGAGUGGUGCUGGGCAACAUCCUACAGCGAAGGAAACUCAUCGUCAAAUUUAUCAACUGUUGCUGUCAUUGAUGGAGCCAAUCUUCUUUUAACGCCCAUGCGUCACAUGGUGGUACCACCUCCUAUGGCAGCACAUACCAUUACCUUGCAAUCACCUGUACAAGCSAUUGCRUUCYCCCCACCCCMCUCAUGUUGCAACAUGGCUGUUCUGUUAUCUGAUGGCAGYAUARCAUUARUGGAUGGUUCCCAGAARAAUGGMUUUGUYCCACCUGGGGAYCCCCCAAGGGUUAUUGGCUCAUUUAAUCUUGACUUUAGUGAGGUAACAGGCCUAUGGAAAGGCCCAUUAGCACUGCAUCAUUUAACUUGGUGGCAGGAAAAUGUUCUUGUAGUUGUUGGUUGGGACGUUAUUGAACAGAAGGAUCUUCUCUGUCAGCUUGACAUCCAUGUUGAUCAAACUGGAAAACACAGCAUUAAAAUCAGUCAUUGUAAACAAGCAGAUCAACCAGUCCUUCGCAUGUACUCCAAUCCAGAUACUUGUUCACUUGURAUAGAGCUAAAUGAUGGAACUAUUAUGAAGAUGACUUCAGACGUUAAUGGGAUCCAGCUGAGUCCUCUGAUAAGUAGGAAAGGAGAACCUAUAGCUUUACCUCAACCAUGYACUCAGAUAAAGACAGMMUGCAUAGGAGAUGAGGAGAUCGUCCUUGGGCUAACAGACCAUUCAAGAUUGUAUGUUAAUGAUAAAGAGAUUGCYUCAAAUUGCACUUCAUUUGCCAAACACGAAGAGUUYUUACUUCUCUCUACRCAUGCRCACACUCUUMGAUGYAUAAGCCUUCUACCGGACAGCAAAGGAUUACCAGCCCUGACAGAGGAKAAGUCACAUCCAAUGGAUGAGAAUGUUAGAAGAGUUGAACGUGGUUCACGGAUUGUUGUCGCUACAGCUCAAGAUACAAAGGUUGUCCUACAGAUGCCUCGCGGUAAUCUGGAAACGAUUCACCCAAGAGCCCUGGUAAUAUCAUAUCUACAAAAGGCUCUCAACAAUUGUCAUUAUAACGACGCGUUUGAAACGAUGCGACGACAUCGGAUCAACCUCAACCUGAUAUAUGAUCACAAUCCGAAGCUGUUYAUGGACAAUGUCCAAAUAUUCAUUCGUCAAGUCGAUUCUGUGAACUUCCUUAAUCUGUUUUUGUCAGAUCUCAAGAAAGAAGAUGUCACAACAACGAUGUAUUCAGGCUUUUAUCAAGAUCAAAAGACCAGUUGUUGUGACGAAACAAACAAAGUUGAUAUYAUUUGUGAUGCUGUCARAGGAGGACUAGAGGCCGUCGACAAGCAACGAUAUUUGCUAACUAUUCUGACGUCGUACGUACGUAAGACCGAUCCUGAGCUGGAGASAGUGCUUGGGAUUAUCAGAGACCUUAGAGAUAAACCAAUGGUGGAUGGUGACAAGUGUGUGACGUCAGAGGAGGCUUUAAAGUAUGUAAUAUUCCUAGUUGACGUCAAUCAACUGUAUGACGUAGCACUAGGCAUGUACGACUUCCAGCUUGUGCUCAUGGUGGCAGAGAAAUCGCAAAAGGAUCCGAAGGAGUAUCUACCAUUCUUGAACAAUUUGCGUAAAAUGGAGGUCAAUUAUCAACGAUACACSAUAGACAAGUAUCUCAAACGAUUCACCAAAGCACUCCAUCAUCUCAGUAAAUGUGGUAAUGAACAUUUUAACGAGUUACACCAUCUGGUAGAAGAGAAAAACYUAUAUAAGGAAGCUCUGGGUUUAUUUCCUCGAAACAGUGAAGAAUACAAGACGUUAGCUAUUUCUUAUGGUGAACAUCUCAUGAAUACAAAGAAUUAUGAGCAAGCAGGCAUUGUGUUUGCGCGAUGUGGUGCUCAUGGUCAAGCUAUGGACGCAUUCCUCAAGAAAGGUCAUUGGCAGCAGGCCUUCUGUAUGGCUGCUCAGCUUGAUUUGUCACGUGAUAGUACCAUAGAAAUGGCCAGGAAGCUUGCUGGUUAUUUGAAAGAACAUCGACGCCAUGCUGAGGCUGCAAGGAUUUUAGAAGAUUAUGCCAAUGAUCCUGAAGAAGCAAUUGUGGCUCUUGUUGAAGGCAGUCAUUGGGAUGAAUCGUUGAGAAUGAUUUAUAAACACAAUCGAGUUGAUAUCAUCGAAACACACUUGAAGACUGCCUUAAAAGAAGGUUAUAAAAUGCAUUGUGAAUCGAUUGAGCAUAGCUACGAGACCUUCACCAAGUACAACGAACGACUUCGAGUAGUUCGCGAGACGAAGGAGAGGGAACGUUUAGAAAUACUAGAGAGUGGUACCCUUCGUGAUGACACAGAUGCAGACAUCUAUUCUGACACCAGUAGUAUGACGGGCGUGUCUGGAUAUGGUUCCAGUGUGGGCUCCAAAGGGACACGAUCGACAGGGAGGUCUUCCAAGAAUCGUCGAAAGAACGAGCGUAAAAAAUAUAGUCUUAAAGAAGGAAGUAAAAAUGAAGAUUUGGCAUUAAUGUUCGAGCUUGGUGAAAUCGUCACUAAGACAGACAAAUCUAAAGAGGAUAUAUGCUCCCUAUUGAGAAGUUUAUCUCUCUUCGAGUUCGACAACGAAGCGUCUAAUCUUCAAAAGGAAUACAGURAAAUAGAAAGUCUSUUUGAGAGAUCACUAGUCGAAAUAUGGCCGCCACWGGUAGCCCAGCAGCAGACAGCUGUUAAUCUUAGUGCGGUAACUGGGCCAGGUGCCACAGUCAAUAGUAUUAUUGCAGCUAUGAAUCAGAACGGAGAUGUCAGUCAACCAUCAAAACGAGAUGAUGUUGAAAUCCCCAAAAUGCCAGUAAUCAGGAAAGAUUUUAAAUGGAAGAUGGACCAGUACGAGACUUGAUAACAACAGGCAGGCUAUAUUUAUUUAACUCAAAAUGAAAAGUUUACAUGUAUUUCAAUGGUAUUCUUCUAUGUUGAAAAAUAUCCUACAUUAAAAUUAGUCCUUUUAAAUUUAAAAAACACAAUGGUAGUACUUGUCAGAAUCGUCUCUUGUAAACGUCCAAAUGCAUCGCAGGCUCRACWAUAUUYCAAUAUGACGUCACGGUGAUGCUUGACAUCACUUCCUAUCUCGAGGAUAUUUAGGAAACUCAUUCGCUGUUCUAAGGACYCUUAUUGAGCCAAUAAAUAUCAGUUAAAAGCUA